CCCUCCUCCCUCUCCCGCUCCCUCCUCCUUCCCUUCUCUUCCUCGCUUCCCGGGGCCGCCGGCCCCGCCGCCGUUGCCGUUUCUUGGGAACGCUCCAAGCUUGGAGCCGGCCACGGGCAGACCCUGCCCAGGCCCCCACGUAGCUCUGGGAGGGAGUAGCGGCUUCCUCUUCCCCAGGGGUGCCAAAGCCGUUCCCCCGAGUCGUGUCCCCCUCUCCCCCCUGCGGGCUGCCUCCCAGACCCCGGUCUCAGCGGGAGGUCGCACCCCCCGCUCCCCCAAACUCCGGAACACUCCGCACCCCUUCCCUCCUGGGAGCCUGCCGCCCCACCUGCCCACACGUGUAGGGUGACCACCGGGCUCCCGCUGCUCAGACAGGGACUCGAGGCAGGCUGUGCGCCCCGACCCUUCCCCUUCUCCCAACUCUGCAUCAGACCCCAGCAGCCCCCCCUUCCAUCUUCCCAGCCCCCAUCUCUCCACGAUUUCCUCCGAACCCUAUCUCCCGACCUCCCACUGUCUUCCUUCACCUCUCCUUCCUCCUCCUCCUUCUCUCUGCCUAUUCCUCUCUCCAUCCUUCUCCCCCCUCUGCCCCCCACCUCUUCCUAUUCAUUCAUUCCCCCCAUCCUUCUCUUUCCCACCCUCCGCCCCUUUUCCCAUUCUCGGGCUCUUCCUCCCCAUGCCUUCCAGAGGGGCAGGGAGCAUCUUUCUUCCACCCCGCCCCCAAGGAUGUGAGCCCAGCGGUCGGGAAUGCUGUGGCUGGCCCUUGGCCCUUCCCAUGCCAUGGAGAACCAGGUGCUGGUGAUUCGAAUCAAGAUCCCAGACGGCGGAGCUGUGGACUGGACAGUGCACUCUGGGCCUCAGUUGCUUUUCCGGGAUGUGCUGGAUGUGAUAGGCCAGGUUUUGCCCGAUGCAACAACUACAGCAUUUGAAUAUGAAGAUGAGGAUGGUGAUCGCAUUACUGUGAGAAGUGAUGAAGAAAUGAAGGCCAUGCUGUCAUAUUAUUAUUCCACAGUAAUGGAACAGCAAGUAAAUGGACAGUUAAUAGAGCCUCUGCAGAUAUUUCCAAGAGCCUGCAAGCCUCCUGGGAAACGGAACAUACAUGGCCUGAAGGUGAAUACACGGGCCGGGCCCUCUCAUCAUAGCAGCCCAGCAGUUUCAGAUUCACUUCCAAGCAAUAGCUUAAAGAAGUCUUCUGCUGAAUUGAAAAAAAUUUUAGCCAAUGGCCAGAUGAAUGAACAAGACAUACGGUAUCGAGACACCCUCGGUCAUGGCAAUGGAGGCACAGUCUACAAAGCAUAUCAUGUCCCAAGUGGAAAAAUAUUAGCUGUAAAGGUGAUAUUGCUAGAUAUUACACUGGAACUUCAAAAACAAAUUAUGUCUGAAUUGGAAAUUCUUUAUAAGUGUGAUUCAUCAUAUAUUAUAGGAUUUUAUGGUGCAUUUUUUGUAGAAAACAGGAUUUCAAUAUGUACAGAAUUCAUGGAUGGGGGAUCUUUGGAUGUGUAUAGGAAAAUUCCAGAGCAUGUCCUGGGAAGAAUUGCAGUAGCAGUUGUUAAAGGCCUAACUUACCUGUGGAGUUUAAAGAUAUUACAUAGAGAUGUGAAGCCUUCCAAUAUGUUGGUGAACACAAGAGGACAGGUCAAGCUGUGUGAUUUUGGAGUUAGCACUCAGCUGGUGAAUUCUAUAGCCAAGACGUAUGUUGGAACAAAUGCUUAUAUGGCGCCUGAAAGAAUUUCAGGGGAGCAAUAUGGAAUCCAUUCGGAUGUUUGGAGCUUAGGAAUCUCUUUCAUGGAGCUUGCUCUUGGGAGGUUUCCAUAUCCUCAGAUUUUUUAUUUUUCUGAGACGGAUGGAAGCAAUAAUCACGCUGCUUCUUUGUGAGACUUUGGCAUUGUUUUUAUGCAGCCUCGGUUCCUGCACUACAUCCUUACAUUGUGCAGUAAGGAAGAAAAGCCCCCUUUCCCUUAUUUCUUCUUUGGGAUUUUGAAUUUAAUUGAAAUGGUUUUAAGUGAAAGACUAAAAGGGAAAUCUGGCCUAUGUCAUUGUUUCAGUGUUUUGGUAAUAAAAUUCAAUAUCAUUUGCAAUAAAUUUUAUAAGGGACUUUGAUUUUGCAUUUUUUUAGUCCCCUCUUCCCUAUUCUCUCCUCUCUACUCCUUUAUUCUCCCAUUUCAGAACACAGAUUCUUCAAUACACUAACAUUAAUCACUAAAUUCUAAAUAUUGCUUCAAAAUACUUAUUCCAAAAAUAUUCCAGAACUAAAAAUAUAAGCUACAUUUUCAUUCGAAAACAAUUCCCCGCUGUGGGCGGAAAAAAUUAAGUGAAAUACCCAAGGGGGUGAAGGGGUGGGUGAGUAUCAAAUGAAUAAUUUGAACGUUUUCCUCUGGUUUACACUCACUGUUUUUCUGGCAUCUUGGUCUGUACAGGCCAGAGUGCCUGGAGGCAUGUCUGAUUUAAAGGUGGUGUUGGUCUCUGCUCUUUAAGCAUCUAUUAACUUGCUAUUAUUAUGCAAAUAACUGUUGUAUUACACAUACUAAUUUAUGCGUGGUUAGAUUAUGCAGAUGCAUCACAACCAUGGUUAUUGAAUAAUAGGAUGGAACUCAUUCUCUUUACCAUCUUUAUAAGCUGUUUUAAACAAAUUCUCUAGAUACCCAUGUGGGAAACCUCUUGUUUCCUGUCCUUUUUAAAGCUCAAGCUGUCUGAUGGCCUGGAGAAGCCAUCCAGGUUGUUAGCAGAUUGUAUCACAGUAUUGUAGCCAUCUUUUUCGUGUUGGCCAGUUCUUUUGUGUAACCACUAGCCUGACAUGCAUGCUAACAUUAGUUUUAAAGGAAAUUUUAGUGCCAAUUCUUCAUACUUUUGACCUAUGCAUGUGUAAUAUAUGUAAUAUUACAUAUUACAUAUAUUAUAUGCAUAAUACAGAUUAUGAAUCUGGAUUAAAUUUUUGGCCAAACCUCAUGUUGGGCAAGUAAAUCUUAAAUCAUUUAUUUAGAACAUUUUAUUCCAACUCACAAAACUGAAAAAGCACACAAGGCUGCAUCCACAAAUUUUGUGGUCCAUAUUCCAAAGAUGACAAAAGAUGAAGCCAUUGCCAUAUGCUUGGGAUGCCCAUGUUUAUUUUUAAAUAGACAAUGAAUGAUGUAUUCUUAAGAAAUCACAAUGGCUGAUAGUUUCUGAGACAUGAAGAGUUAAAGGCUAAGACAGAACUUUGAAAAGAGCCCUGUAUUCUGACAAUGCCUACAUGGUAGCAAUUCUGGUCUAUUGGGCACCUACUGGGCAUUUUUUCUUAAUGUCUAAAUACACAUUUACUUGAUCGGUCAAGUGGAAGUCAGAAAAUUCAAAUACACUGAACUCCCUAGUUAGCACUGACCUUUAUGCCAGAGUAGUAAGAAGCAGUUUUCCUUGACUCCUGAUUGAGUGUUGUCACCAAAUAAAGAUUUUAUUAGAAGCAGCCUUUGACACCAUCAGUCCUAUUUCCCAGAGCUAAAGUUACAAACAAAACUUUGUCUCCUUGCUCAAAGCCAGCGAUGAUUUAUGCUGUGUUUUGAGUUGACAUAUUUGAUUUUACUUGUUUCACAUCCUUGUAGUAUAGUGUUAUGUAGGCUAGAGGUGGGGGGAAAUAGCACUUCUUUACCCUCUUCUACUCGGGCCUCUCUCUUUAAAAAAAAAAAAAAAAAAAAA